GCAAUAUUGUCGUUCGUUUUCUAGUAUGUCAACAACAUAAAAUAUAUGUUUUAUGAAAAUAUAGUUUCAACGAACGUAUUAUGUCAAAUUUUGACAAAGAACAAGAACUAUCAGAACUCAUUGAGUCUUUAACCACAUCUGGAAGUCAAAAACUGGAUGACAAACUUUUCAGAAGGGUCAAGUCAAUUUGCAAAAAGUCUGAUGAAAAUGUUCGUCAUUUGUAUCGAAUGGUUAGGAUACAGUUGGAAAAACGACACUCAGAAAUACGACUUUCAACUUUGCAAAUUAUUGACGAAAUAUUUUCAAGAUCUCAUACUUUUCGAGAGCUACUUCUGGACGAUUUUGACGAGUUUUUUUGCCUCACCACAGGAGUAAACUCGAAAACGCCAUUGCCCGAGCCUCGGGCUGUUGCCUUAAAAUUAAGAACCGAUGCUUUAAAAGCCAUUGAAAGAUGGCAUGAAAAGUAUGGCAAGUAUUAUAUAAAACUAGAAUUAGGGUAUACAUAUCUAAAGACGGUUAAAAAAAUAAAUUUUACCAGUUCACAGCCACAAACAGAAUUAGAAAGGUUAAGAGCUGAGGAUUUGGAAACAAGAAGGUCUAAUUUAGCAAGACAGAAAUUAAACUUAAUUCUUAAUCAGAUGAAUGAGACAACAGCAGAGCUGCAAAAUUUCAUUAAAGAAAUGAACAGCUGUUUUUGUCUCAUAUUACCAAAACCUGAAGAGUUUGAGAUACAACAGCUUGAUGAAGAAAAUGCAAAAUACCCCUUGACAUUUGAUAGCAAUAUUCCCAGUACAAGUACUGGAAUAACACAUAUUUCCCAGAAACAUAAUGAACAAAGUCCGAUGUUUUCAACUGGUGAUGAUGGCAUAUUACCACCAUGCCAGAAAAAUGAUCAUGGCCUGUCCAUGGAAUCCUUUAAACUCACCAUUCCUAUUAAUAACAUUAUUGAAAUAAAAGAAUCAACUGACAACAUUGACAUUUUGAACACACUAAGAGAACUUCACAAACAGCUUGUUGAUAAAUAUCUUCCUUUGACACAAAAGUGGCUGGAGAUUCUUACAAAGCAUUCAGAGCAACAUGUCAAUCUUAUUAAGGCAAUAGACCUGAAAAGCUUAUUGACUGACUUGAAAUACAAGUAUGAUAAACUAAGAAUUGUUUCAAAGAUUGAUCAAGAAAAAGAGGAUCAAGAAACAGAUCACUUUAUUGAUGUUGCUGAGAAAGAAGGCAUAGAGUACAUAUCAGAAAAUCGAUGGCAUGAAUAUGGUCUUAAGCCAGUGAAACAAAUUCUUCAACAUGACAAAGCAAAAGAAAUUAAGAAGAAAUCAGCAGUUUCAUGGAAUCCAAAUGGUGAUCUAUCAUCACUUGGGGAUCCAACGGCAAGAGUAACUGCAAUCAAAUCACUUCUCCAAAAACAUGAGAAAAAAAUUAAUAUGAAACCUACUAAACAGAAAUCAAGUUACACCUCUACAAAUUCAAAGAGCAGAGAAGAGGAUAUUCCAAAAAGUUCAUCGUCACAAACAUGUGAUGACAGCAAGAUCAAACGUGAAAAACUAUUAAAGAAAGCACCUGUGGUGCCUUUUGGCAUGGAUUUGUAUAAUUGGGAGAGAAAAGAUGAUGAAGCUCCGCCAUUUAGUGACCUUAAAUCAUUACACUGUUUUUGGGCCCAUCCUAACGAAGAAAAUGAAGACCAUUUUCCAAGUGACAUGAAGGAGUCAAUGAAAUCAAGAAGUAUUUCAUUUUCUGGACAUUUUGAAGAAGUGAAAUGGACAUGUCGUGCUCCAUUACCAAGUGGAAAACUAUGUCCAAGAAGGGACAGAUUAAAGUGCCCAUUUCAUGGCCAAAUCAUUGCCCGUGAAUCAAAUGGCCAGCCAAAAUUCGCUACUGAUGAGUUACCAGGCUCCGGGGCUAAGGAAAUUACAGAAGUAACCAGAGAUAUUGAAAUGGCAACUGGCCUAGACCUUGGAAGUCACAUGGAAAAGAAGCGAAAAAAGCGAAAAUAUUCAGGACUUACAGAUAUAAAGAAAAGCUCCAAUACUUCACGCAGUCGCUUAGAGAAAAUAGUAUUCAACAAAGAAUCCAUGAAGCGCGUUACGGCUGAAAAUGACCGAAUCAAAAAGAGAUUACUUGAUGAAAAAUUUGGAAAUAACUGGAAUUAUGCUUUGAACUAAAACACUAAUAUUCAGUUUAUCAACUAAAAACAUAACUCCUUUUCCAAGGUGAAGGCGAGCUUGUUGGUUUGUUUGAAAUUAUAUCCUCUUCAAUUAUUA